AUGAAACGAAAGCUUUCUGGUCAUCCAAUGAAUGACGAUCAUCACGUUGCAAUUUAUUUGCCCACAAACAAACACUUGAAAUUAUCCAACACCACCACCGAUCAAGUGCAACUUGUUUUACUUGAUUUUCAUCAUGUCUCUUCUUCAUUGUUGAUGAACCAACAUUCUCAAAUAUAUAAUCCUCACAUCAACCAUCUCUAUGACUUGUUGAAAAGAAAAUUUGAAAAUCAAUCCAAAGGAUUCGCAAAGUGGUUACUCACAAGGGAGGAAUGGUUGGCCAAAUCAAAAACAGACAAGAAGAUAAAAAUCGAAUUCAUAAACGAUCACGAGUGUGUGUUUAAAUGGACAAGAUGGUUCAAUGAUUAUUAUACUUACCAGAAAAAGCUGUUCGCCAUUGCACAGGUGCAAUUUAUUGACAUUGCAAAGUUGUAUAACGCUACUCAAGAACAAAUUCAUUCUGUGGAAUUUUGGAAACCAUUCCAAGAAGAAAUUUGGUAUCAAUUACAACAGCGAGAAUAUGACAUCUUGGGAUAUCUUCCCGUGGAGGUUUUCACACAAUUCAAAGACUGGAAAGAAAAAUUGGCAAAUAUUUAUCAAAGCGAGUAUGGACUCGAUUUUGUAUUUGAUCUUGAUGAUAUUGAGAAAGCAAAGAAAGCAAUCAGUGAGAAACGUUGUGAGAUGUUUCAAAUUUCUGAAAGACUGAAAGACAAUGAAGAUGUUAUGAAACUUGCCAUUCAAUGCAAUGCUAAUAAUAUUGUAUUCGCAUCUGAACGACUGAAAAAAGAUCGAAAAUUCUGUUUGGAUGUUGUUAUUUCAUCUCCUGACUCGUUCAUCAAUGUAAAUUGGUUGAACAAAGAAGAAUUUGCUCUCGAAAUACUACGAAUUACAUUGCCAAAUAUUACAAUCGUUGAUGGAAAAAUUCAAGACAUACAAAUCCAAGCUUGUAUUCCACAAGCAUGUUUUUGGUUGUCUCGAUCAGUUUGGGAAACCAAAUUAUCCAUGGAUGAUAAGAUGAAGAUUUUUCAACAAUUUUUUCUCAAUGAUUCAAGAAUUAAUGGUUACAAUAAUUCGAUACAAUCAGCUUUGAUUCAAAUGCUUGUUGAAUUACCAGACGAAUAUUAUCAAGCACACCAUAAUCAUCAACACACUCUCCAGUAUCAAGGGAAGUUUGCAUUUUCAUUAUCAAAACUAACUCAUGAUCCAAUUAUUGUUCAAGUAUUGACCAGAAUUUACAAGAAUUAUGAUCCACCUUGGAAGUAUGAUGAAUCUUCUUUUGAGAAACGAGAAGAUUUACCUCUUAUUUUGAAAUAUGGAUCAAUGAAUUUGAGAAAGGAUAGACAAUUUGUAUUGAAUGCUUUGAAAUGUGUGUUCAGUGAAAUAAGUUCGAAGGACAUUUUUCCCGAACAUCGAAACGAUCGAGAAAUAGUGUUGGCUUUUAUGAGGAGAAAUGGACAUGCCUUAUAUGAGAAGGAGAAGUGUGGUAAUUUUAUAAUACCCGAGGAAUUUCGAAAUGACAUAGAAAUUAUCUUGGCUGCUCUUUUAAGCAAAGACCCUUGUUCGUUUAAUGACAUUCCACAACACUGUCGUGAAAGCAAAGAGUUAUUGUUGAGAAUUUUAAAUCUCCCACAUGGUUUCGACUAUGACAUUGACUUUAGCAAUAUUCUAAUAGGAUUUGUUGAAAGAAAGGAUCAAGAAGUGAUUGCUGCCCUUAAAAAAAAUGCAACCUAUUGGAAUGAUCUUUCUGAUGACUUUUGGAACGAUCGAGAUUUUCUAUUGGAUGCAUUAAGAAACCAAGUACACCCUGCGGACGUGUUUCAUUUUGCCUCAAUAGAAUUGAAAAAAGAUACCAGUUUUAUUAUGGACUGUGUAAAAGCUCACAAAAAGGGAUUGAGUUCAUUUCUAGGUAACAUGAAAAGAAAACAAUAUUAUGAUAGUAAUUUGUAUUCUGAGAUUGCAAUUGAACAUGUGAAAUCAUGGGGAGUCAUUUCGGAUGAGAUUUUCAACGCAUGUUUCAAUCAAGAUCCAACAAAUAUUUCAUUGGAUGAAGUUAUGAAGUUUUGUAAAGAUUUGAAAAAUCUGAGAUUAGAACAUGAAUAUUUUGGAUGUCACAUUCCUGAAUCUUGGUUGAUGAAAGAAAAAAUCGUUCGCUUUGAAGGUUUACAAAACAAGAACUAUUGGAAGAAUGCAGAAAAAGGUUACAAUUUCUGGAAACAAUAUUUGGGUGCAUAUGUUUUCAAUAUCAGUUGA